CCCCCCGGAUUCAUUUCCAGAAAUGGAUUUCCUCCCACAAGGGCUUGGUGUAAAAGCCUCAGCUGAGCGGGUGUGAGCUCACUCGUCGCCAGGGGGUUACUGAGAGCAUGGAUUAGCUGCUGCCUCGCUCUGCCCCUGGGUUGUGACCAGCUCCCGCGAGUAACCCCCGUACCCCGCCCCGGCAUGAGCUGGCUUUCUAGGGCUCGAGGAUGGAGAGCUGGGCCCUGAAGGCAGCUGGGGGCUUUCUGGCUGCACUGCUGCUGACCGGCAGCGGGUUCCCAUUGUUGGGCACCCCGAAGCCACGAGCGGCCGGGACUGCCAGCGAGCCCAGCAGGGCGAGGAGCCCGGCUGACUCUGCACUGGGGCUGCACCAUCACCAGCGGCACAAGAGACACGUUGCUAGAAACAACUGUGCAGCUGACCAACUCUGGUACUCGACAGAUAAGCUCUGCUGCCAGAAGUGCCCGGCAGGAACGUUUAUGAGGGCUCCCUGCACGAGCCGUGGCUCUGGCACGGCCUGCGAGAGCUGCCCGCACGGCACCUACCUCUCCUUCCAGAACCUGGAGCGGAAAUGUCGCAAGUGCUCCGAGUGCCACGCACAAGCUUCCCAGGUCGUGCUGAAGAACUGCACUGAGACCAGCGACACCAAGUGCGGCUGUGGGACCGGCCACUUCCGGCAGUGCACGGACCUCACCUGCAGAGACUUCACCUGCCAGGAAUGCCGCAGGUGCAAGGGCAGGGUCACCCUUCAGAACUGUUCAGAGGAGGAUGCCCAGUGUGGGGACUGCCAGCCUGGCUUCUACCUGGAGGGCAGCGAGUGCCGAGCAUGUACCACCCAGAGCCCCGAGAAGUGCAGAGAAGCAUGCGGCAGGCCAUGUGGUGGCAGCAGCCAAGGCUUCGGGCUGGAGUACGUCCUGCUGGGCCUUAUGGGGCCCCUCUUCCUGGGAGCGCUUGUCAUCUACCGCAAGAGGAAGACGCUCAGUGAGGCCGCAGCAGUCAAAGACUCGAGGCUGCAACAGGCCUCAGCGUGUCUGUCUGGCACCGCAGAAAAGCCCCUGGAGUCACAGGGUUUGCUCCACCUUCAGAUCACGGAGGCAUCGCAAAUGAACGGCAACGCCUGUCCAGUCAGGCCCCUCGGCAGCCAGGACACCUGGGAGUCGCCGGCCAAGCCCCAGGACGCAGCAAGGCCCCUCCCUGGCGUUCUCCCGCAGGGCAGCAAGUUGUACGACAUCAUCAACACGGUGCCCGUGCGGCGCUGGAAGGAGUUCAUGCGGGUGCUGGAGCUGCACGACGGCGAGAUCGAGGUGGUGGAGCUGGAGUUCGCCCACGUCCGGGACCAGCAGUACGAGAUGCUGAAGAGGUGGUACCAGCAGAAGAACGCCACACUGGAGUCCAUCUUCUCGGCCCUGGAGCGCAUGGAGCUGGCCGGCUGCGCUGAGGAGCUGAGGCAGCGGCUGCAGAGGUGCCCGUGAGCCUGCCCAGCAGCGAGUGGCUGACGCUGCUAGCCAGGGCUGGCUUCCCCGGCUCCCCUCCAUGGGCUCUGACUUGGGACGGGAAGGAGAAGGCCUCCCCCAGGCCAGCGAAGCCAACCCUGCUGUCGCUGUGGGCAGGGCCUGCCGUGGCCUGGCACUUGGAGGAGCAGGUCUGGCUGCUGCUCUACAGCCAGGAAGCUGCGCCCCUGGCCCCUAGUGCAGGAGGGCAGGUCUCUGAACGCCCGGAGCAGUGCUGUGCCCGGGCCAGCGCAGGCCCCUCUGCACAAUGGCGGCGCUGGGACGAGAGGGGACACUCAGCAGGCAGCACCGCUCCCUCCCCUUGUAAGGAAAGCCUGCAAGUGCCACCUGCCUUCACAUCUCAGCCCGCGAGGAGCUGGGUGUGUGGAUGGCAGCAGAGCUGUGCUGGGAGUCACCCUGCGAAGGACAGCGCGGGGGAGCAAUGCACCCCUGGAGCCACAGACUUGGUGGUGGCAGCCGACCAAGGCAGGCAGAGGGUCGGCCUCAGCAUCAUUGUCUCUGUGCUGCUGCUGAGUCACGCUUCCCUUGCCCGGCCCUCAGCCCCAGCUGGGCUCCAUUUCCAAACGGCCUCUCCAGAACCCCCGCCCCACAGGACGCAGGCCCCCUCUGCGCCCUCCCUGGCCAUGCCCAGUAGCAGGAUGCAACAGGCACCUCUCCCAGAACCCCAGUUUUCCCUCUGAAGGGGGAAUCGGGGGCUUGAUGGAAAGCCCCUCCCCCAUCCUGCUAGGUUUACAAAUCAAACCCUGCUCAGCCCGCUCCAGGAACAGGGCAUGGAGUGUUCCCCCACUGGUUUGCAUUAAGCAGCCGUAGCUGGGCUGAGUACCACGGAGCAGCCCAGUGCGGGGGCUGCCGGAGAAGCCCAUGAGGGCUGGAGCACCUGCUGACAGCUUAGUGCUAACUCUCACAGCUGCGGCUGGUGGUGUGGGCAGCUUCCUAGACCCCACUGGCUAAGGAAGGGAGCGUGUCUCCUGGCUGGUCAGGACACCAGGCAGUCCCCUGGGCCCUGCCGCUGAGUCAGGGUGUGACCUUGGGCCAGUCAGCUCACCGCUCUGGCCAUGUUUCCCUGCGUGGGGCAGCGGAGCUCACUGAGCCCCGGGGCAGGAGACGCUGCCAGCAACGGGCAGGUCCUAGUGUCAGUGCCCAGGGUUCUCUGGAGGAGGGCUCAGGACCAAGCCAGAUCCAAGUUGAGCUGAGGGGCCUCAUCCUUUGCUCAGUGCUGACCCGACAACACGAGCACCUGAUGAAGCAGAGGGUUGACUCCUCUCAUGCUCCCUAUGGGCUCAGCAUCCCCCGGGGCUCCCCACUGCCCAUACCCAGGUCCCGCGCCUGCCCCCAGCCUGCUUAGCAACUCUAAGCCACCCCAGGAAGAUGGCAGCUGUUCUAGGGGGCCUCACUCCAGGGUUGCCAUCUCUGCUGAAAAAGGCACUUUGUGUACGUGCCUGUGUGGCCAAACUCCGGAAGAAAAAUGCUAGCCAAAACUGCUGCCUCCCCCCGGAAACAACACGCCUCUGCACAGAGCCUUAAAGGGAAGAGAGGCUGGGUGGCACGGCCCAGGAGACCUGCCUUGUUGGCUAGCUACAAAAUUCACCCAUCAUGCGGGACCCUUUAAAAGCAGCUGGGCUGCAUUACUGCUACCUGGGGCCUCUGCUCACCCCAGGUGGGGGCAGGUUUUCCAAUCUCCCGGGGGCUAGCUCAGCUGUGAGUGCGUUAGUCCAGCAGCCCCCAGGGGGGGAUUGGAGCACUGUACCAGUAAGUAUUGUUACUUAUCUUCUGUAGACAUUUUAUGUCAAUUAUUUAUAUUGCUGGCUCUGUCCUGCAGUCGCAGGGGCAGACUCGUUCUGUUCUUGUGCUGCAACAGGACAGCGCCUCUUCCGAGCUGGGGGCUCUCCCCACUAGUUGAGGAGAGGUGGCAGUUUUGUACCUUAUUUAUACCCCAUGUUGCCUUGAGGAAACUGAUCAGAAUCGGUUACAUGUCACAUGCACUGCUUCAUAACUGAACAGGGAUUUCGGCCCUCCUGCUGGGGAGAGGGUGGGGAAGCCCUGCCUGGGUUUCUGCUAAGGAGAGGGUGCCUAACGACGGGUGUUUGUGGUGGGGCAGGUCAUGCUGAGCCCCAGGGGAGUUGGAGAUGCUCAGCGUCACUGAAGUCAGACCGUAGGUGCCCCAGCUCCUAGCGCUAGGGCCUUCAGUGAGCCGUGUCUCCAUGUACAGAGAAGGAGCAGCCAUUACCUUCCUGAGCAAGUCUCUCUGCUCCAGCUGGGCCUGGGAGCACAGCCACCUUGCGGCAGGCUGGGGCUGCGUGUUAAAAUGGGCUCUGGGGUGCACACGCAAGGAACAGCAGAGCUGGGGGUCAGGGACAGGGCUCUUUCCCUGUGUCUGUAACUGACAAUAAAUCCGUGUGGUGUU